UCCCCACUACCGAGACCCACCCACGCCCCUUUCUCUCUCAUAGCCAAAAGCCCAAAAAUCUAUCCCUAACGAACCCAGCCACCAUCCCAUCGCCGAACUCUUCUCCUCCGGUAGAGUUUGCUGUUGCCGCCGGCGGGGACAGACCGUGUGUUGGGUCUGCUCGUUUCUCCUUGCUCCUCCUCGCGUCGUCAAGCCCGAGGGUGCCGUCAAGCCCGGACCUGUCCUCGUCGCCGUCGGCCGCCCUGAACUCGUCGUCGAUUCCGAGGGUGCCGUCGUUGCCGCCGAACUUUCUGCUGCUCGACGUUGCGAACGUCUACUCAGCCCUGUUUCCUUGCCGUCGCAAACGUGCCUGCUUGGCCGUCUUCUCUUCGCCGCACAUCCGUUCCACUGGUCGGCCAUAACUUCCACGCGAAAGACUCUGCCCGUUUUCUCUUCUCUGUGCAACAAACAAUAACUAACGUUUUGUUUGGAUAAAAUUGAGUGGGAGCUUCUGACUAGACACAAGACUCAAUGAAGAUGGGUUGUUUGAACGGGACAACCAUCUCACUCUCAUGCCUCAAACUCGCUUUCCCUUCUUACCCUUCUUCCUUCCAGAACCUUCCAUUUCGCCGCACCAUCAAGCCUCUCUCCGCCGCCGUCCAAACAUCUCCCGCCACUUCACCAUCAACCACCAAGGUCGAGGACCAAGGUGCGAGGUCUCACUGGAAGGCCGCAAUAGACUUCAAGUGGAUAAAGGAUAACAAGGAAGCAGUUGCUGCCAACAUUCGCAACCGUAACUCCGAUGUUGAUUUGGAACUCGUCCUUCAACUCUAUGACCAGUUCUUUAAUCUUCAAAAGGAAGUUGAGAGAGUGCGCGGAGAAAGAAAUGCGGUAGCAAACAAGAUGAAAGGGAAAAUGGAACAAUUUGAGCGUCAAAGACUAAUUGAGGAAGGAAAGAAUUUGAAGGAAGGACUCAUUGCUUUGGAAGAAGACCUGCUCAAGCUUAAUGACAAACUUCAACUCGAAGCACAACGGAUACCAAACAUGACUCAUCCACAUGUUCCAAUAGGUGGAGAGGAUAGUUCUAUGACAACGAAGCUGGUUGGCAGCGCUCCAGAGUUUAGUUUCCCUGUCAAGGAUCAUCUUGAACUAGGAAAGGAACUUUGCCUUUUCGAUUUCGACACAGCUGCAGAGGUCAGUGGGUCAAAGUUCUACUACUUGAAAAAUGAUGCAGUUUUGUUAGAGAUGGCCCUUGUGAAUUGGACACUCUCAGAAGUGAUGAAGAGAGGCUUUACUCCAUUAACAACGCCUGAACUUGUACGGUCCUCUAUUGUUGAAAAAUGUGGUUUCCAACCUCGUGGAAACAAUACACAGGUUUAUUCCAUAGAAGAUAGUGACCAAUGCCUCAUCGGCACUGCAGAGAUACCUGUCGGGGGUCUUCAUAUGGAUUCUAUACUUGCUGAAACUUUGUUACCCCUGAAAUAUGUAGCAUUUUCUCAUUGCUUCCGUACUGAGGCUGGUGCCGCUGGCAGUGCAACAAGGGGUCUUUAUCGAGUUCACCAGUUCAGCAAGGUUGAAAUGUUUAUUUUCUGCCGCUCAGAAGACAGUGAACAUUAUCAUGAAGAGCUUAUUAAAAUUGAAGAAGACAUGUUCUCAUCCCUUGGGUUACAUUUUAAAAUUUUAGAUAUGGCUUCCGAAGAUUUAGGCGCACCUGCUUACCGUAAAUUUGAUGUGGAGGCUUGGAUGCCUGGCUUAGAACGGUUUGGCGAGAUUUCAAGUGCAUCAAAUUGCACAGACUAUCAGAGCCGUAGGUUGGGAAUCCGGUAUCGCCCGUUGGAAGCGCCAGUUGCAAGCCCGAGAAAGUCUAAAAGCAAUCUGGCUCCACCACAGUUUGUUCACACACUAAAUGCAACAGCUUGUGCAGUACCACGGAUGAUAAUAUGCUUGCUUGAGAAUUACCAGCAAGAAGAUGGAUCCAUCCUUAUCCCUGAGCCUUUGAGGCCCUUCAUGGGUGGGCGUAGUGUUAUUUCUAGAAAAUCUUGAUACAAGGGAUCGCGACAUUUGCAUCAUUUGAAGGAUUUUUGCUGUUGCGGCUUUAGAUUGUGGUGGUAGAUGAGUUCAAUCAACUUCCUACAUUAUAGCCUUUGGAAGAACUGGAAAGAAGGCGGCAAAAAUCAUGCAUAUAUUAAUUAGUAAUGUAGAAAGGAAGGAGUAGAACAAUACUAUCUCUGAAAAUUAACUAACUAUUGAACUUAAAAAAUAAAGAAAAAUAAAACAUAAAAUAUCUUAAAUCCUAUACUAAAAUCUGAACUAUCUAUUCUAUUAUAUAAAAAUCGGAUGUCUGCACUUAAUGAUGAAGCUGACGUGGUAUGUUUCGGAGAGUGUUUUCCGAUUUAAUUGUUUUAACUC